AUGGUCCAGUAUGUGGUAGAAUGGUUACCAAGAAUUGAAAGCAUUUCAGUAGUAGUAGAAGGCUGGAAGCAGGUCGAAAUUAGGUGCUUGAAGAGUACUUUGUUGAGCAUAUCUGACGAUGAAGGGCAGGUAGAGGAUAUUUCACUUCCAGUAGAAGUUAAAGAAAGUGUUAACAUUUCCUCCAAGUUCAAAAAUAGAGACAAAUCAUUGGAAUGGAUUUUGAAGUUAAAAAGCAAACCUUCAAAGGAUUACGAUAGUUCCAUCAUGUCACUACCAGAUGGAAAAUGGACUAAAGAAGACCUUCAUUUAGAUUCUGAUUUUUCAAUAGAAUGUCUCAACUGUAAACAACAAAUUAUAAGUAGGUAUAACUGUCAAGUUGUUAAUGAUAUGCCUUCAGAGUUCUGGUUCGAGUUAAUGGAUUAUUGGCAUUGUCAUAAACCAGAUGUGAAGAAAGGAAAAUCGGCUUCUUACACAAAUUUUGAAACGCUGAAACCAUCAAGAAACGAGAUCCUAAUCGGAAGUUCUUAUUUUCAGGGUACUCCUGCCACGCUUGAGAAUGUAAUAAUUGGAAAGGAUAAUGUUGAGGUAUUAUGCAAAAAGUGCUCAGUAGCAUUAGGUCAAUUGACUGUUGAUUCGCUUUACAAAUUACAUAAGUGGAAGCUGCAAUUAAUGCGCAAUGGAAAUACAUACAAAUUUUCUCCAGAAUGGGAUGUCACACUUUCUCUGAUAAACAUUGUUAAGGCGAACUCCUGUAGAUACGCCCUCCUGAAGAGUGGAGCAGAACUACUGCUAGUCUGGAUAUUUUCCGUUGACAUUGGAGUCACAUUGACCGGGAAUAGAAAAUUCAAGAGGUCUAUGAAGUUGCUUUAUACAAAAAAUGUUACCACAAUAAACCAAUUUCUCGAACGGCAAGUGGUCGAGGAACUAAAUCCUCAAGAAACUACCUUUAAAGCAUUUUACAAUAACCUUUUAACAGUUAAUGCACUUCUACCUUCAAAUAUGAAAAAGAUGGGUGAAUGGACUAUCAGUUACACCUCAUUAGUCUGA